GAUAUCAUUUAAACUUAUGCGUUUCAAUUUUGAUGAACUUCUUUUUACUUUGAGCAAUACAUGGAAGAAUGACUCGGGAAAAAAACUUAUGAUUGCACCAACUACAAGAAAAGACCUAAUGAUAGUCAAUAUGGGUCCUCAUCAACCAUCAAUGCAUGGUGUUCUUCAACUUAUCGUUACUCUCGAUGGUGAAGAUGUUAUUGACUGUGAAUCAAUAUUGGGUUAUUUACACAGAGGAAUGGAUAAAAUUGCGAGAAAUCGAACAAUUAUACAAUAUUUACCUUAUGUAACAUGUUGGGAUUAUUUAGCUACUAUGUUCACAGAAGCAAUAACCGUAAAUGGACCCGAACAACUAGGUAAUAUUCAAGUACCUAAAAGGGCUAGCUAUAUCAGAGCCAUUAUGUUGGAGUUGAGUCGUAUAGCUUCCCAUUUGUUAUAGCUUGGA